AUGUGGCAACUGGAGCGUCUGGGCUCAGGAUGUAGCCCUCCGAGGCUCCUCUUGCUUGUUUACACCUAUCUGUGCGCUCUUGGAGAUUGCCUUUUUGUGACAGAAUACUUCACCCGGACGCCUCGUAAGCUGAAUGCUUUCAACUCCUUCGCCAGUGUGGAACUGUUCCACUUCAAUGUGCCUGACGACACCAUGAUGGCCGUAUGGAACCUCAUCACCUUCAAGGAGCAAGGGGGCACGUUUGGAGACAGCUGCCCAAACCGCAAUGUGACUGUGUAUUUCAGGUCUGGGGCUCCUCCAGUAAUCAAUCCCCUGUACACCCGCUUCCCUCGGGAUACAGCCGUCCCAGGAUCCUUUGCUGUGACUCUUACCUGGACUCUUCCAAACCGUACAACAGGAGCAUUCAACGUGACCAGCCCGCUCCCUGGAGACUGGUUCCUGGCUGCACAUUUACCCAAGGAUGAAGGCAAGAUCUCAGUGAAGGGUCUGUCUGAAGAAUGCCAGUAUCUGUUUCAACCCCAGCUGAUUGUCCAGAGGCUUAUUGGGAUUUCAGUGCUUUAUCCUGGAUACUUCAUCGACCAGAUGAUCCCCGUCCAUAACAGAUCUGCACUUUAUAAAGUUUUCAUCCCCAAUUAUAUAUCAAAGGUGAAAGUUCAGCUGGUAAACUGCAGCACCAAGAACAAGAGUGGCGACAGUUGUCCCGUGGUGCUGAAGAUAAGAGCGCGAGCUCCGCCGGUGCAUAACUCAAGUGCCCUCGACUGCAGGGAGUGCAACCCUUGUGAAUUAGACACUCUCGUACCUGCCUGGGAACAAUGGUACUACAUCCUGGUGGAGAGAUAUCUAAGUAACUGCAACGUAUACUUUCGCAUUGGGGUGCAGGUCACAGAUUGCUCCAAGUCCAAUUUGUCAAAGGACCAAGCACAGCCCAGCUCCUCUAUGAACAUGCCUCAGUCUUUUGGAACAUGGCCUCCCUGCCCAGCCAGAACGCCAGUCACCUGCACACCUCGGAGGACAGCAUUAUUUACCUCGCCCCCACAGGACACUAACAAGUGCUGGCCCAUCCGUCCAACUCUGCGCAAUGAGCUGGAUACCUUCUCUGUGCACUUCUACGUCUUCUUUGGUCCAAAUAUAUCGAUCCCACCGGACAGGGCCGCUGUGUUCGCCAUCAACCUGAUGCCAGUUUUAGACAGUGGAGGCGUCCUCAACAUGGAGCUCAAACUCAACAUGUCUACGCUGAAAGGAGCUAAUGUCACAGUGUUUGGCUGCCUGAACCAUGGGAUGCCUCUCUUCUUACGGGAAAACUCCUCAUUGAAAUGUGAAUCAGAAUCGGGGGCCGGGUUUUUCCUUUCUGUGAAUGCCUCUGUUAAUAUCACCAAAUUGAGGAUUCCCUAUCCGCAAACAGGCCCCUGGUACCUCAGUCUGCGCUCUCUAUGUGCCACUGAACAUGGAUUUGAGGCAUGCACCAAUGUCACUGCCGAGGUGUAUAUGCGUGCAUACCUGACUCCAUGCAUCAAUGACUGUGGGACGUAUGGGCAGUGCAAGCUUCUGCGAACAAACAACUAUCUCUAUGCUGCCUGUGAAUGCAAAGCAGGCUGGGAUGGCUGGGGAUGCACAGACAACUCGGAGGCCUACUCCUACAGUUUCCAGCUCCUCUCCACCCUGCUGCUCUGUCUCAGUAACCUGAUGUUCAUCCCGCCUGUGGCCAUCGCCAUCCGAAGCCACUACUUGCUGGAGGCUUCAGUCUACAUUUUCACCAUGUUCUUCUCCACUUUCUACCAUGCAUGUGACCAGCCGGGUAUUGUGGUCUUUUGCAUCAUGGAGUAUGACGUCCUGCAGUUCUGUGAUUUCCUUGGGUCUCUCAUGUCAGUGUGGGUCACUGUCAUUGCGAUGGCCAGGCUAAAGUCCAUCAUCAAACAGGUGCUGUAUCUGCUGGGGGCGAUGUCUCUGUCUAUGGCUUUGCAGCUAGACCGUCACGGUCUGUGGAACCUGCUGGGGCCCAGCCUGUUUGCUUUGGGCAUCAUGGCCGUGGCAUGGACGGUGCGCACCAUCCGUCGGCGGCGUUGCUACCCGCCCACCUGGAAACGAUGGGUGUUCUUCCUCUUCCCGGGAACCAUGAUUGCCACGUCUGCCGUGGCCCUCUAUGCCUUCGUGGAGACAGAGGAGAACUACUUCUACAUCCACAGUAUCUGGCACAUGCUGAUCGCGGGAAGCGUUGGCUUCCUCCUGCCGCCACGCGCCAAACCCGACGCCAAGGUGACCCCGCUGAAGCGUAGGCGGGGCUGCGGCUAUCAGCUGUGUGUUAACGAGCAUGAGGAGCUGGGCCUGGUGGACCCCGCCAUCAUCUCCAUCAACAGCAUCUGUACCAGCUAAUAAACUCCCCACUCCCAGCCUUUUACCUUAGAGACACUUCAUUGCCUUCUUUUACUUGGGAAAUUCACACACGGGAAAUUAAGCCACAGAACUUGAAAAAGCAAUGUAAAUACUUUAAUGCAGAUGUGACACUUUUUUUUGGGUUGUUAUUGUCAUGGUAAUUACUAUCAAUACAACUGUAAUUAUUAUUAUCUAUAGUUAAAGUUGUUCUGAUGAAUUGUGGGUGUACAGUGACACACUGUGUUUGUGAAUAUGUAUUUAAAGUCAAAGCUGAAACACUGCUGCUAUCUGACGGUGACUGUAAUACUGCUUCUGUUGGUUAUUUAUUGGUGGUCUUGU